CGGCGGAGUCACACGGGCUCGGUCCUCCAGCGCAAUAGAGCGUGGGGGCAGAGCGGCCGGCGCACACUUCCGGCGCGAACCGGAAGCGGCUCCUCUCCCCCAUAACCCCCCGCGCGUUCCCGCUCCCGCCUCUCUCCAGCGCCGCCGCCAUGGGCAUCGACAUCCGCCACGACAAGGACCGCAAGGUGCGGCGGAAGGAGCCCAAGAGCCAGGACAUCUACCUGCGCCUGCUCGUCAAGCUGUACCGGUUCCUGGCCCGCCGCACCAACGCCCCGUUCAACCGCGUGGUGCUCAAGCGCCUCUUCAUGAGCCGCUCCAACCGGCCCCCGCUGGCCCUGUCCCGCCUGAUCCGGAUGAUGCGCAAGCCGGGGCGCGCGGGGCGCACGGCCGUGGUGGUGGGCACGGUCACCGACGACGUUCGCAUCCAGGCCGUGCCCAAGCUCCAGGUGUGUGCGCCCCUGCGGGUGACGCGCGGCGCUCGCACGCGGAUCCUGCGGGCCGGGGGCUCCAUCCUGACCUUCGACCAGCUGGCCAUGGCCACGCCCAAGGGCAAGGGCACCGUGCUGCUCUCAGGCCCGCGGAAGGCGCGCGAGGUGUACCGGCACUUCGGGAAGGCGCCCGGCACGCCCCACAGCCACACCAAGCCCUACGUGCGCUCCAAGGGCCCCAAGUUCGAGCGCGCCCGAGGCCGCCGCGCCAGCCGGGGCUACAAGAACUGAGCAGCCCCUCCCCAGAGGCAGCACCCCCUCCCCAAAUAAACGGGGCUGGGGCUGAACCCCCCCCAAAACAA